AGUAAACGAGUUACCGAUAGAGUAUUUUAUUAAAUCGAGGGAACAGACACAGUGAGCAACUGGACGUACAUGAAAACAAUAUUUGGAAGACAUGUGGGGUGCUCCAUUAUUGACUGCUAUCCCAUGUUGAGCUGAGUCCUCAUGACAUUCAACACCCAGUUGGAAGUCGGGGGCCAUCAUCCUAGCAUUCCAGAAUAAGCUCCAAUUACAACUUGAGGUCCCAGACGGGCUUUUUCAAUUCCAUUUCCUUCCUGCCUACCUUUUGUACCAUAAUUACCUUCGAUUGCCUCGAGAUUUCAGUGUCACUAAUUUCAAUCUCGACUCACCUGUGGCCUAUCCGAAACGGUAAAUGCCGGUGAUAUACCUCCACAGAAGAGACCAUGAGUUCGAACAAAUGGACAACGCCAUUAUCGAAGUCGAGAACGACAAAGAGCGAUGUCAGGUGCAGGUUCUCGAGCGAUUCUGCACCAGAAGGUCGAGUGUGGGCAUCGAUGAGCAGCGGAUCAAGAGAGCGCAUCCAUCACGGCUUGCAACAUACACUUACGUCGAAGUAGAGUUUAAUAUCCUUGAUGGCGCAACUGAGAGGUCCGCAAAACCGCUGAAGAAGCUAGAAAGCGCUUGGAGGAGGAAGAGAGAGCUUCAACACAAAAAGGAAAUGCUGGAGCUUGCUCACCGGAUUUGCGACAAGGUAGUCAACGUCGAAUAUUUGAUCCAUAUUCUGCACAAGAAGACUCCAGACAGGAAGGCUUAA